AUGGCACGAAUCAAAAAUUCGGCCAAGUCGGCGUCGAAAUCUGCGGCAAACAACGAUGCGGCGCUCACGGCAUCAUCAACGCCGGCAACCCGCAGAACGGCACCAACUAUAACGGUUAGAAGCGAGCCUAGGAAAACUAGGAAAACUAGGACUAAGGAAGAAACGGGUCAAACCAGUGGGAAAGGUCGACAGGACGUCAAAACCGACAGAACCUACAAAGUCGUCAAGCAUAAACAGAAACCCAAAGAAAGCGAUGACGAACAAGACGAACAGGACGAGGAGCAGGAUGUAGGCGGGCAAGAUAAGGAAACAGAGGAAGGACUAGAACAUGCCAAGCACGAGUCUUCAGAUAGAGACUUACACUCUUUGCUCCCUGGAGCUCUGUCGCCUUCUGUGGACACAUCUCGUGCUUUGGGCGUCAUUGCUGUCUGUGCCAUCGUAUCCUCAGCUCUCUCUCUCGCCAGCCAUAUGUUGGUUAACUGGAUCACAUCAACGUCGACACUGCCACCCCCAUGGGCUGCCUGGACCUCGUAUUUGGGCGCCAUGGCCUUGCCGUCCGCCUUGACGCCAAUAUCGAGUCUUGCCAUUCGCAUGUGCAAAAUCUCUCUUGCAUGGGGCAGAAUUACAAAUGUCGUUGCCUUAGACGUGCUUGCCUAUGGGCCAAUGGUCUACUUAUUCGCGGUACUCCAUUGCAUUCCCCUGCCUGCUGCCUUAGUGGUGGCUGCGAUCGACCUGAUCGCAGAUGUCUUACCUCUUCUCGCCUGGAAGCGGCUAGCUGACAGCACCACUUCGGAUGAUGAUGAUGAUGACGGUGUCGACGAGGCCGGAACGAUCAAAGCCGAUCUCACCAGCGACUCUGGGGGUUUCGGAGACCCGGUAACCUAUGCUUGCUCCGCCGCCUUCGCGAGUGCCCUCUACAGCUUCACGUUCGUGCAAGCUUGUCGCCUGUACUUGCCCAGGAUCUUUGUCGUCCAUUUUUGGAACAUCGCCACCGUCAAGCCGGUGAGGACACUUCCGAUAUCAGCGACAUUUCCGCCAUCCGUGUCUGAGUUCGGCAAGGCUGUCUUUCUUGGCUGGCCUUCUGUUGUCCUCAGUCUUGUAUGCGGCGUUGCCGCCUACAGUUUUAUUUUUACUGGGACGAGCAGUCCGCCAUCCGCCUCGCCAUCCUACAAGAAAUUUGUGGCGGUUCGUACUGCAGCGCUUUCUCUCGUUGUCAGCACAAACAUCUUUCUGCAAUGCUUCAUGGGUGUCCGAGGCAUCGAUGUCGUUGGAGCUUUAACUUAUGCCGCAGUCUGGGCAGCAGCUCCGCUGUUAGUGGGAGCUGCAUUGGCGCUUGCUAGAUCAUAA